UAAGACAACAUGGCGGCGCCUGUGUCUAACAUGGCUCGCGGUGGCAGCCGCUAUGGAUGGCGGUUGCUCCUGAGAAAGAACCACCGCUGCUUCGACCGCCAGCCUAGGUUGCUCUCUGCUGCCUCCGCCUCCACUAGCACUGACCUGCUGCCCUCGCUGCACAGGCGGGGCGUUUUGAAAGACUCCUUCCCCGAAUCGGCUGCUCAGGUCGAGCUCCCUCAGCUCCUCCGCUCCGGACCGCAGUGCGUGUACUGCGGCUUCGACCCCACGGCGGACAGCCUGCACGUGGGCAACCUGUUGGCCAUCAUCGGCCUGCUGCACUUCCGGCAGGCUGGACACGAUGUGGUCGCGCUGAUCGGGGGGGCGACCGCGCAGAUCGGCGACCCCAGCGGGAGGACCACGGAGCGGGAGCCGCUGUCCGCCGAGGUCCUGGAGGCCAACAUCAGAGGGGUGAGGAGCGGUUUGCAGCAGGUGUUCAGCAACCACGAGCUGCACUUCUGCGGCCCAUCGCCGCGGCUGGGCGCCGUGAGCAUCCUUAACAACGCCGCCUGGUACCGCGGCUGGGACGCCGUGGGCUUCCUGUGCACCGUGGGCACGCACUUCCGCAUGGGCACCAUGCUGAGCCGACAGGGCGUGCAGUCGCGCCUCCGCAGUCCGCAGGGCAUGAGCCUCAGCGAGUUCUGCUACCAGGUCUUCCAGGCUUAUGACUUCUACCACCUGAACCAGCAGCACGAGUGCAGGAUCCAGCUGGGGGGCACGGACCAACUGGGCAACCUCAUGUCCGGACACGAGCUCAUCCACAAGAUGACGGGACAACAAGUGUACGGCCUUACCGUCCCGCUGGUGACCAGUACGGCGGGGGACAAGCUGGGCAAGUCCGCCGGGAACGCCGUGUGGCUGAACGGGGACCGCACCUCCCCGUUCGAGCUGUACCAGUACUUCGUGCGGCAGCCUGAUGCCAACGUGGACAGGUACCUCAGGCUGUUCACGUUCCUCCCAGAAGCGGAGGUGGACCAUGUGAUGGAACAGCAGAGGCAGGAUCCUAGCAAGCGGCCUGCGCAAAAACGCCUGGCUGCGGAGGUCACAAAGCUGGUCCAUGGCAGGGAGGGCCUGGAGAGUGCUAAGAGGUGUACCAGCGUUCUAUACCAGGAGAACCUGCAGGCCCUGGAGCAGAUGAGUGACACGGAGCUGCAGGAGCUGUUCAGGGAGGCUCCGUUCUUGGAGCUGCUGGUGGAGCCUGGAACCACAGUGCUGGAUGCCUGCAGACAGGCCAGGGCUAUCCCUGAGGGCGCCAGAGGGUACAACAUGAUCACAGAGGGGGCUGUUUGGAUCAACCACAGCCGGACCACCAACCCAGACCAGGUGCUGAUAUCAGGCCAACACAUCCUGUCCAAUGGCCUGACACUACUCAGGGUGGGCAAGAGGAACUACUACAUCCUCAAGUGGCUAAACCUGUGACAUGUGUGAACAUCUCCUCUGCAAGCCUUCAGCUCCAGCUUGUGGUACUAAACUGAUAUCAGAAUAAGGAAUAAAAAAAGUGUCCAUAUCAUGUGUAUUAAUGUGUACAGAAUUUAUUACAUUUUAAAUGUUACCCUGUUCAUAACAGUGUAAUUUUCUUUAGACAUUUAUGCUAUAGUAACAUUGGUCAAUUAUGUAUAUAAAAUGUAUUCCUGGUUUUUGCACUUUUGUAAUAAAAGCAAAAUACAUAGUGUGUUUUUGCCUAGCAAUGUAGGGAGGAUAUCAACAUACUAAUUGUGUCACUUUCUGCAUGGACGCAUCAUAGCUAGCAGAACUGUAUCCUGCUUCUCUAAUAACAAACCCCGGGCCCCACGUGACUUAAAGCCUCAUCUUAAUCAGAAGAAGAAACCCUAAAGGGUAGGAAAUGUGUAGGAAGUGAGGUAUGCUCAAAGAGAGCAGAACAUGAGGAUUAGGAGUGCCAAGGACAUCUACAGGAAGGAGGUGGAGGAAAAGCUGAAAUUGAAACAGGUACAGGAGAUGCCCUGGAGAACAUCAUUGGUUAUAAGCAGUUCCUGACCAUGACAGAACCAGUGAGUUAAAUGUUUUUUCAUAGUAUUCUUUGUACUUUGCACCAUUCCUUUUUCCAGUUCUGCUUAGAUUACCAAACUCUCCUGAUGAAAAGUAUCCUCACAGCAUGAUGCUGCCACCACCACACUCCAUUUUAGGGAUGGUGAUUUUUUUGGCAUGCGGGCAAUUACCUUUUUCCAUAUCUUAGCUGAAUCACUUUAUUGCUAUCUGACAAACUCCAAAGGGGCUUUGAGAUUUUUUCUUAAAUGCUUCUUUCACACCUUUUCAUGCAGGCCAGCUUUGUGCAGAGCUCUUGCCUUAUUUCGGUCACAAGCUUUGGUUACAGAAAGUACA